ACAGUUAACACUGCUUGUUUCGUUUCAGCACCGACACUUUCUUUUUGGUCUCAUCUCUCAACGUAGAGCAAGACUCUCUCUCUCUCUCUCUCUUCUGCAAACUCUCUGCAGUGUUCCACAUUUGUAAAUCUCAUCACUGCCAACAGACCCUUUCUUUUGCUCCCUUCUCUUUUUGGUCUCCACUCUGAAAAUAAAUCUCUCUCUCUCUGAAAGCCUUUUAUUUUAGUAAAUUUUGCAACUACCAAGAUACACCAUCCUUCUUUACCGCCCACAAUCAGCCUUCCAUGCUUCUGUCCUACAAAACCCCCCAAAGAACGGCGAAAAUAAGCAGCCCUUGAGCCAAAAGAAAAGGCAGGCUGCAAGAUUUGCAGGUACAAGCACAGAGGAACAAGAGGAGACCAAUGGUCCUCUCUUGCAAGACUACCGCCAAGUGCAGAGAGGAUGGCAGCGGCAAUGCAGCAGGCGGCGGCGGUGGUGGCGCCGGUAGCGGAUUCUGGCUUCUGGUGCUUUUAUUGGACGACAAGGCGUCGAAGCACAGCCUCCUAAAGAAAGCCCAAUCCACCAUCUGGGUGUGCCUCUUCAUCCUUGCGUUCACCCUCGUGCUCUUCACUCUCUGUAGUUUGGACUCCGUGAGCCGUCCCCACCACCAUCACGCCCCACCCCCCACCGCUCUUUACAAAAAAUGGCGUGCCGUCAAGCCGCCGGCGAAACCCCGAAGGCCUCGUUUCGACCGGUCGCUGGCUCUUCACGGAUUGGGCACCGUGUUCCGGCGGGGGACGUUCGCCAUGAGCGACCUUGUCGUAGCUCACUUCAGAGAAGACACAAACGAAGAAAUGUUGAGGUUCUUCUGCCGCGGCCUCUUUCGCUCUGGCGUCCUUUCUAGAGCCGACAUUGUCUUCAUCCUCCCGUCUUCUUCUUCGUCCUCCGCUCUGGCUCGCAUAAUUCACGAAGAAGAUGGUUACUUUGUUAGAUUGAUGGAUUCGCACAAUAAUACUGAAAGAUCGCCGACAAAAGGAAUCAGUCGAUUUGAUUCGCGUCUGUUCAUUGGCUCCCAUGACAAGAAGAAGCCGCCCAUUUGGGGAGCUAAUGUCAACAGAAAUUUCAGCAACAGCAGCGAUGGACGGACAAGUAUGACCCUCGGAUCAAUUGUUGGCUUUGAUGUUUCCGAAUUGAAUCCCGAGAAUUCACUCUCGGGGUUUCUCGACGACGUUCCUAUUCAAUUGAGAAGGUGGGUGUGCUACCAAUUGCUGUUAGGCCGCCUGCGGCAUCAAUUCAAGCACGUCGCCCUCGUUGAUGUGGAAAGAGUUAUGGUAGUGGGAGACUUAAUGGCCGGAAUCUGGCGAAAAAACGGCGGUGCCAGAGGCGGCAGCGACGGUCUGAAGUUAUUUGUGGAAGAAAAUUCACCACACAAAUGCAGAGGAGCAGAGCACCCACCCAAGCCAGAGAGCUUGUACAAGAAGGAUCAAUUGGACAAGGAGAAGAGAUUGGUGAACAGUGGCAUCAUUCUAGGACCAAUGGUGGAAACCAGGAGGUUCAUCAAUGAAAUGGCAAUCGAAAUAGUGCGAGUCGCCGUCCGUCGGAAAAUCAGAAGACCUUUCCACGACGGCGAGCUGCUGACGUACCUGGCCGUCACCGGCCAGAGCUCCGGCAAGGCGAUCACGCUGGAGAAUGCGCGGAGCUAUUACUAUCACCAUUCCAUCUUCAACCCUUCACCGGCUUCGUCCCAUAGGAGCUUCAUACUGUAUGGUCACGACAAUUGCUCAGGAAUGGGAUUCAAGAGUUUAGUAGGAUUGCUUCACAAUGAGAUCUGUUCAUCUCCCAUCGAUUCAACUGUUUAUAGAGAUUGUUUAUACGCGUAUACACAACAUUCAUAGCAUUUCAUUAGCUGUAUCAUGUAAAUACGAAGUUUUUUGCUCUUAAUGAGGAGUUGUCAUUCUUUUCUAA